UGACCGCCAAACUCACCGGAAGUCUCGCAUUGCUGUCUUAUUGUCACCGGAAGUGUGUCGUUUCAAAACAUUGACAGCUGAGAAGCGGCGGCGGGUAGCAGCUGCCGCUCGGUCACGUUUUAACGCUUUGAACGGAUUUCCAAGAUGGCGGGCCCACUGCUGGAGUUCGAGACCGAGAUGUUUCUGGGUCUCUUCGAGUCCGACGGGCUGCUGGUGGCGGCGGAGGGGCUGGGGAUAGACCGCGUCCUGCUGCAGUUCAUGCGGGUUUACUCCGAGGAGGGCAGCCUGGUCCUGCUGCUCAACACAACCACGGCCGAACAGGAGUAUUUCACGGAGCAGCUGCGGGUGGAGGGCGUGGCCCACCUGCCCAGGACGGUGACCAGCGACAUCCAGAGCGCCGAGCGCUGCGGCGUUUACACCGGAGGGGGGGUUCUGUUCGUCACCAGCAGGAUCCUGGUGGUGGACUUCCUCACCGACCGCAUCCCCGCCCACCUCAUCUCAGGCAUCCUGGUGUAUCGGGCUCAUAAGAUCAUGGAGUCGUGUCAGGAGGCGUUCAUCCUUCGUCUGUUCAGGCAGAAGAAUAAGACCGGCUUCAUCAAAGCAUUCACUGACAAGGCCACUUCCUUCUGCUCGGGUUUCUGCCAGGUGGAGCGGGUCAUGAGGAACCUGUUCGUCAAGAAGCUUUACCUGUGGCCCAGAUUCCAGGCGUCUGUGAACGCAGCGCUGGACAGACACAAGCCGGAGGUGGUGGAGCUGCACGUGUCGCUGACGCCGGCCAUGAGGGCCAUCCAGAGCUCCAUCCUGGACAUCAUGAGCGCCUGCCUGAAGGAGCUGAAGCGCUACAACCCCAGCCUGGAGGCCGAGGACCUGUCGCUGGAGAACGCGCUGGGGAACGGCUUUGAGAAGACGAUCCGUCACUACCUGGACCCGCUGUGGCACCAGCUGGGAGCCAAGACCAAGGCGCUGGUCCAGGACCUGAAGGUCCUCCGGGUUCUGUUGCUCUACCUCACCCAGUACGACUGCGUCACCUUCCUCAACCUGCUGGAGUCGCUGCGCUCCAGCCAGAAGACCUUCGGCUCCAACUCAGGCUGGCUCUUCCUGGACUGCAGCACCGCCAUGUUUGUCAACGCCAGGAGCCGAGUGUACCGCUGCCCCGACGGCGGAAAGAAACCCAAACUGACCGCCGAGGACCACAAAGGUCAGCGUGUCGCGGAGGUCAGGCGGGAGCUGGUGCUGGAGAAGAGUCCGAAGUGGGAGGUUCUGACUGAGGUUCUGGACGAGAUCAGGAAGGAGAACCAGGAGGCUCGGCCAGGUGAAGCAGCUGGUGAACCAGGUCGGGUUCUGAUCUGCGCCAGUGACGACCGGACCUGCGCGCAGCUGCAGCAGCUCAUCAAGCACGGCUCUGAUUGGCUGCUGAACCGGCUUUACGCCCGGACCGUCGGGAAACGGGACCCUGCUGCAGCGGCCGCGACCUUUGACCCGGACUCACUGAAGAAGGGGAAAGGUUGGGUGAAAAAAGGAGGGAAGGGGAAAGAACCGGCGCAGAAACGAAGCACCAAGACGGGGAAAAGCCGAACUUCUCUGACCCUGACCCAGAUGAUGAGGAAGGACGAGGAGGAGCAGGGUGGCGAUGAUGAUGAAGAUCACCUGAUGGAGGAAGAGGAGGAGCAGCUGAACCUGAAUCUGUCGUCUGACUCCUACUACGGCGUCCUGAAGGAGCCGCUGACAGUCAUCCACCCUCUGAGAGGCUGCUCCGACCCGCACAGCCUGACCCGGGUUCUGCAGGAGGUCCAGCCCGCCUUCGUGGUUCUGUAUGACGCCGAGCUCAGCUUCGUCCGCCAGCUGGAGGUCCACAGAGCCGGCCGGCCCGGGAAGCCGCUGCGCGUCUACUUCCUGAUCUACGGCGGCUCCACCGAGGAGCAGAGGUACCUCACGGCGCUGUCCCACGAGAAGAAAGCCUUCGAGCUCCUGAUCAGAGAAAAAGCUACCAUGGUGAUCCCAGAGGAGAGAGAGGGGCGAGAGAACACCAACCUGGACUUAGCCAGGAGUUUAGAGCCGGCCAACAGCGCCACCAACAGCAGGAGAGCAGGGGGCCAGGAGCCGGGCGCUGCGCCCUCCAGGGUCAUCGUGGACAUGCGGGAGUUUCGCAGCGAGCUGCCGGCACUGCUGCACCGCCGCGGCCUGGACAUCGAGCCCGUCACGCUGCAGGUGGGCGACUACAUCCUGACGCCCGACACCUGCGUGGAGCGGAAGAGCGUGAGCGACCUGAUUGGCUCGCUGCAGAGCGGCCGGCUCUACACACAGUGCCUCGCCAUGACGCGCUGCUACCGGAAGCCGCUGCUGCUGAUCGAGUUUGACCCGGCCAAGCCGUUCUCCCUGACGGCCCGCUCCGACUUCCGCAGCGAAAUCUCCUCCACCGACGUCUCCUCCAAGCUGACGUUGCUCACGCUGCACUUCCCCCGCCUCCGGAUCCUGUGGUGCCCGUCGCCGCACGCCACCGCCGAGCUCUUCCAGGAGCUGAAGCUGGGCCGGGCCGAGCCGGACGCCGACGCCGCCCAGGCCGUCACGGCCGAGUCGGACGCCGCCGGCGAGUCGGCGGACCUUUACAACCCCGGGCCGUACGACUUCCUGGUGAAGAUGCCGGGCGUCAAUGCCAAGAACUACCGGGCGCUGGUGAGAAGCGCCGGCAGCCUGGCGGAGCUGGCGGGGCGGAGCCGCGACGAGCUGGCAGCCGCUCUGGGGAACGCCAACAACGCCAGGAUGCUGCAUGACUUCCUGCACAACGCUGCAGAUGUUCCAGCUGCCGUGCAGAAACACAAACUGACAUCAUGAAUUAUGGUUUAUACUUUAUAGAAAAAAAGUAAAAUUACUGUAAAAUAAAAUGGACUCCUGUUGGACUUUCUGUAUGUAAAAUUACUGAAAAUUAUGCUUUUAUUUAUUUUUUAUUAAAGCUUGGAACCCUGGAAAUAAAGGCUGUUACUUU